UCAAGCACCUGAUACAUGAGGAUUUGCAGAGGACCUAAUGCGCUGAUAGAAAGCAGGAGUGUUGACAUUCACCAGUUGCUGCGAUAUAUUAUGCUCAUUUGAAUGAGUCUUUCUUUAAUGUCCCAAUGGAUGUUGUUGGAUUCCAACCAUGGGACUUGCAGUCCAGCCACGUUCUGAGGCCCACAGCAAGUUCGCCACCACUCCACUAAAGCAAAGUUACAGAGCAAACAUCACAUUGCAAUGCAUUUUUAUAAGAAUUGUAUGAUGCACUGUUUCAUGAAGUCCUUUCUUGUGUUUCCCUAAACAGCUUGCUUCACUGGAUGACUCCAGAGCAGGAACUGUAAAUUGCAUCUUUUCAUCCUCUCCAGUUGAUUUUUCCACUUUAUAAAUCUCCUGUUUUCUUUCUUUCCCACUCUCCAUUGCCAAGCAAUACCAUGGCAGAUUUGAUAGAAACAAGCACGCAUAAUAUUGGUCAAUAAAGCACCACACAUAGGCAGCAUGAAAAACUUUGAUUUAUGACCGCAACCAUCCUGCCUUCAGUGGAAAAUAUCUGACAAAAUGCAGGUUUCUGAGCACCCCCCCACCCCCACGUAUCCAGAAUGGCUGCCUUGUGCCUAAAGAAACUAUUGGAUCAGGCCAGAACGAAGGAAGUGAAUCACAUCACCAAGUAUUUCGCCAGUUUCUUGGUGCAACCAGUAAAAAGGACUACAGCCUCGGAAACUUGGAUAAUGAGAGAUUCUCAAAAAGGACUUCUGCCUGUCCCUACACGAGCAUUCUGUACUCAUGAAGAUGCCAAGGGGAACCUAAAAGCAAAGCAAAAAAACCCCAGUUUCAAAAAUACAAUUGAAAGCGUUGGGAGGAAAAUCCCCCACCGGAUUAUUCAGCUGAUUGAUGAGAAUGGCGAAAACCAGGGAAACAUCCACAGGGCAGAUGUGAUUCGAAUCAUGGAUGAAAGGGCAGUGAAGCUUGUUCUUCUGAAAGAGAAGGCAGACCCUCCAGUGUACAGACUAAUGUCCGGGCAGCAGAUCCUUGAAGAGCGGCUCAGACUUAGAGAUAAGCAGAAAGCUAGCGCUAAAAAUGGUCCCAUUCAGCAGAAGGAGCUAACCUUUUCCACAGCAAUUGAGCAGCACGAUUUAGACACAAAGAUAAAACAGAUUCAGCAGUGGAUUGACAAGAAGCACCAUGUCCGGGUUACACUGCAGCAGAAGAGGGGUGGUGAUGGAGAGAAAAAUAUGCUGGCCUUCUUUGGUCAGAUUUUGGAUACGAUGCCUGGGAAAGCGACUUACCUCUCUGAGCCCCGCACUGUCAAAGAAGGAAGGAGCACGUGUGUAUUGAGGCAUAUGUCAAACAAAGAAAUCCAGGAAUACAAAAGAACGGAAAAGAACAAAGGAGAUGAGAAGGAGAAGAGAAAGGACAGCACUGAAUCAGAAACCCUCAAGCAGUGAUUUAAUAUUUUUUUUAUAAAAAAAAAAAUUGAAUGUC